AUGCUGACCCCCUCGGCCGGCAUCUCGCCGCCCUCCUUCUCCGCAGCUAGUAGCCCCUCCACGUCCUACUCCCUCCUCCGCCCUCUCCGACGAUGCCGACGCCUUCCCGUCCCCCGAGCCGCCGCCGUUCCCCCCAAGCGCUCGGCGCCGGUCCCCGCCACCAGCCUCCCGCCCGAGGCCCCCGCCCCGGCCCCCUCCACCUCCACCUCCUCCGCCGCCGCCGCGGCGCCCUUCUCGGUCACGGCCGCGGGGACCUACCAGGGAGGGGAGGACCCGCUCGUCUCCAAGCUCCGCACCCAGCUCGGCGUCAUCCACCCGCUCCCGGCGCCCCCCGUCAGCCGCUCCGUCGUCGGCCUCUUCGCCCUCUUCUUCUUCGUCGGCGCCGCCUUCGACAAGCUCUGGACGCUGCGCAAGCGCCGCCGCGCCGAGCGCGAGCUCAAGGUCAACGGCUCCUGGCCGCAGGUGCCCACCCCGAGCUUCUCCCUCUUCCUCGAGGAGAAGGACCUGCAGCGCAAGGAGUCCGUCGAGUGGGUCAACAUGGUGCUCGGCAAGCUCUGGAAGGUCUACCGCACCGGCAUCGAGAACUGGAUCGUCGGCCUGCUCCAGCCCGUCAUCGACAACCUCCAGAAGCCCGAUUACGUCAACAGGGUCGAGAUCAGGCAGUUCUACCUCGGCGAGGAGCCCCUCUCCGUCAGGAACGUCGAGCGCUGCACCUCAAGGCGGGCCAACGACCUGCAGUACCAGAUUGGCAUUCGCUAUGCCGGUGGAGCACGCAUGGCAUUGGCACUCUCCUUGAAGUUUACCAAAGUACCUGUCGUCGUGCCGGUCUGGGUUCGAGAUUUUGAUAUCGAUGGGGAGUUGUGGGUUAAACUGAGGCUCAUACCAACAGAACCGUGGGUGGGAGCUGUAUCUUGGGCUUUUGUGUCUCUUCCCAAGAUUAAGUUUGAGCUUUCACUGUUCCGGCUAUUCAAUCUUAUGGCGAUUCCUGUUCUGUCUAUGUUUCUCACAGAACUUCUGACAGAAGAUUUGCCACGUCUCUUUGUGCGGCCCAAAAAGAUUGUCCUUGAUUUUCAACAGGGGAGAGCUAUGGGACCUGUUUCAGGAAGUGUUGCAAGUGAUAUAAUUCAAAAUGUUGCAAGUGACCUGAUCCAAGAGGGGAAUCAGGACUUUGUUGGAGAGCUAUCGGUGACAUUAGUUGAUGCCAGGAAGCUUAGCUUUGUCUUAUUUGGCAAGACGGAUCCUCAUGUUGUCAUGAUUCUUGGUGAUCAAGUGAUAAAGAGCAAGAAGAACAGUCAAACAACUGUGAUUGGACUACCGGGAGAACCAAUUUGGAAUCAAGAUUUCCAUAUGCUUGUCGCAAAUCCCCGCAAACAGAAGUUGACCAUUCAAGUGAAGGAUUCAAUUGGUCUAACUGACAUCACUAUUGGCACUGGAGAGGUUGAGCUAGGGUCACUUAAAGAUACAGUACCUACGGACAAAAUCGUGACUUUAUAUGGAGGAUGGGGUUUGUUUGGGAAACGAGAGGCUGGGGAAGUUCUACUUCGGCUGACAUACAAGGCAUAUGUCGAGGACGAAGAAGACGAGGCGGUGAGAAGUGAGUUUGGUGCGGGUUAUGCCUCAGACGAGGAUGUGCUGGACUACGUUGGUGGCAUGAGCAAGGGUAGUGAUUUCGUAGGUAAAGAAAGAGAAACUUUCAUGGAUCUCCUCGCCGCGCUGCUGGUGAGCGAGGAGUUCCAAGGCAUAGUGUCAUCUGAAACUGGAAGCUCAUCGAGAGAAGGCGAGCAGGCGGGCAGUGGACCAGAAAGCACUGACAGAGUCGUCACCUCUACUAGCACUAGUGCGGGGGCGGCUGAUACAGAAGCAUCCACUGUGUCAAACAGCUCCACAGAUACGGCUCUGGUGUGGCUGGCGGCCAUAACGAGUGUGAUGGUGCUGGUGUCAUCCAACCUCGGCGGCUCAGGCUAUUUCAAUCCGUGA